UAACUAUAAAAUAUGGUGCAAAUAACAUCAGAGGCAGACAAUCUAUUUAGAGUCCCACCUUGAGUCAGCAUUUCUCCAUGGACUAAAGUUGCGAAUCCAACUUGGGAAUUUCAGCCCGCCCAAACACUGCGUUGGGUUGUGUGUUUUUCAGGCUAAGAAUCAAAAGAAUUGGCACAUUUUUAAUCAAAUUACAAAUCCGAAAUCCAAAAUUUUCCGGGGAUGAUGCUAUUUGAUUGCAAGUUUGCAACUUUGUUUUAAUUUAUGAAAUUCGUUUCAAGUGGAGGGCGAUGUGGGUCUCAAAGUUCAAGAACCUGCGAUCGGCCGCCGUCGUCCUGGGCGUCGCCAACGCCGUGGUUUUCCUUCUCGGUUGCUUCUUUCUCUUAAUGGCUUUGCCUUCCUGUGACCACCACGUCACCAUUCCUCUCAUGGCCGUUCCUUGUUUGGCCGCUGUGAGAAUUUUCACCAUGGUCAACACCGGCCUCGCCCAGGAAGCCACCGCCAUGACCAUUCUCGAGCAUUCUCCCGCGAAUAGCCCCGCCGCCGUCGACGUCGCUUUUCGCCACGAGACACGGGUGAGGUACAAAAAAUGGCUUUGGUGGACUCGGUUUGCCACAGUUAUUACAGUACUGCAAUUUAUUGGUGCAUCUUACCUUCUGUACAAUAUGGCUAGCCAUAUGUCUGACAAUGGAACAUCAAGUCAUUGUGAUUUUGGGUCAACUUCAAACAAUAUUUCGUGGAAGCAACAUUUACUGGGCUUUUUUUUGCUCACGGUGUGUUUUGCCGCACUGCUACAGUGUUUCACAGGAACUGAUAUUUUAAGAUGGAGAUCUUUUUAUGCAACUGAAGAUGAUGCAUGGAAAGCUCAUUACAGGGAGGUAUUUGAUCAUGGCCUUCGUGAGGCUUUGUGCUGUAUGGGACGCGUCAAAUACUUGAGUGUAUUGGAAGAAGAUGAGGUUUUCUCAGUAGCUCGAUUACUCGGUGAUCUUGUUGCCUAUCGUGCAGCAGGCACAGGACAUCUGGAACUCAUGGCAGGUCUAGCACUAUUGAGGAACCAGACACAAUCACCUAAAUCCUUUGAAGAUUGCAUGGAUAUACCUGAAGAGAAGAUCAGGGAGGCUGCUGAUCUUCAUAAAUUUGCAGAAGCUGCGUACACGGGACCAUUACUUGAUUUUGGAAGAAAUCCUUUCUUAUUUCCAUGUGCGUGGCUUUAUAGGCAAGGGAUUUUGACCCCAUGGACUCGGAACAGGCGACCCGUACUUGAUGGUGAUAAUUGGUUGCGAGGUCAUGCAGCAGCUUUUCUAAAAUACGUUAAGUUGUCACCAGAGGUACUUAGGAAAGGGCGUGUUAACCAGGCAAAGUGUAAAGCUGCAUACUUUGUUCUUGUGCUGCAUCAUCUAAGAUCUGUGGUGAUUGCUGUUCGGGGAACUGAGACCCCUGAAGAUCUAAUAACCGACAGUUUAUGUAGGGAAUGUGCUCUGUCUGUAGAAGACUUGGGUGCAUUGAUAAACACUAAUAUUCAUCCUGAAGUGAGGCAAGCUGUGAUUUCAUCUUUCCCGCACCAUGGGCACUCUGGUAUUGUUGAGGCUGCUAGAGAUCUUUUCAUGCAAAUUGAAGGCAGCCCUAGAGAUGAUGGAUCUGGUUCAAGUGGCCUUCUUUCUUCUUUGCUCGGAGUUGGAUGUGAGUGUGAGGGGUACAGCAUACGCAUAGUAGGCCAUUCCCUAGGAGGUGCUAUUGCUGCAUUGCUUGGGCUCAGACUAUACCACCGAUACCCAGAUAUGCAUGUCUAUACAUAUGGGGCCCUUCCAUGUGUGGACUCAGUUGUAGCAAAUGCAUGUUCUGAAUUUGUUACAAGCAUUGUAUACAACAAUGAAUUCUCAGCACGCUUAUCAGUUGGAUCCAUCAUGCGGCUUCGUGCGGCUGCAAUUACAUCAAUGUCACAAGAUUCAGAAACUGAUACGGCUAUGAUACUAAGGCUUGUGCGCCAUUUCCUUCAUGUGAACAAGUGCCAGCAAGAUGGGACUGACGUAAAGGAUUCAUCUUCAGAUGAAAAACUAAACCACCAAAUAUAUGAAAAUCAGUAUGAGGAUGAUGCGGCAGCUUGUCAGGAACAGCAUCAAGAUUUCAUCCUGUGGAAUGAUGCUGACAUGGAGGAAAGAGUUCUUGAAAGUGAUCAAGAUCAAUUCACCAACCCUUUUGCUAGUGACGUUAUUUCAGACCAUGACCUUGUGUCCCAAUUUAUGGAAAGUGUCCCAAAAUCUGGAAGUUUGACAGCUAGGGAUCCCCCAGAGAUGUAUCUGCCUGGCCUUGUAAUUCAUAUAGUACCACAACCAAGAAGAUUCGAUAUGUCUCCAUCUAAAAGCGGGAGAGUACACAAAAAGACACAAUGUCAUAAGGCUUAUAUUGCAAAUAGAGAAAGCUUCAAAGAUAUUAUUGUGUCACCGUCAAUGUUUCUUGACCAUCUUCCUUGGAGAUGUCACGAUGCAAUGAAAAAGUUGUUGCAAGCUCAAAGUUCUCAGGUCCAAAGUUCACCAGUUUGAAGUUCCCAGGUUCUUCCUAAUCAAAUCUUCUGAGACUGGUUUAUGUGCCCCGAGAUUCACAUAAGGCUCCCUUUUGUCGUUGGAGUUUAUUUUCUUAACUGGAACUGGCAUGGCUAUAUCUUGAUCACUGUUGUUACAAACCGUCAUGUCCCCUGAUCAUCUAUGUGAACUGGGCUGUUCACACCUCAACUCGACGGCACCUGAACCCAUAAUUUUUGCUUCACAUCCAAAAAUCUUCGGGGGGCUUGGAUAUCUCGUAGCUUUGACUAUUAGCUUUGCAGCAUUGGAGCUAGAGGCAGCGGAAACUCAUUUUAUUGAAAAUCGAAGAAGCUUGAUUAACAGUAGUAUUAGACAUUGGCCGCAGAGACUCAUUUUUUCCUGUUUCUUUCGUCAUUAAGCUCCUUGUUGUACAGCUUAACGACACAGGUUUGCUACUUGUAAAUAUUGCGACCCAAAAAAUUUGGUUGUGUUACAAAUAACGUUAACUUUAAAUCAAUUUUAAAAAUUCGGGGAUUUGCUCGUCA